UACAGUGGUGGCAAAAGCAUCAGUUUCGGCGCGAUCCUCUCGAAAGCUUGACGUUUUCGUGUAUCGUUUUCAUCUCGGCUGGAGUUCGUUACGUAAAUAUUUUCGUAAUUUUUCUCGUCUCGUAAUAAUUAUCCAUUUUCUAUUCUUUUCUUUUCUUCAAAACUCGAUUAUUUUUCGCGACCAAAAAAAAAAAUAUCGCGAUUGCUGUGUGUAUAAUUUAAUUGUGACGAGUAAAUUUUUUUUAAGUACAUCGCAAUAAAUAUAAUCAUGUACCUAUUAUCUACUUAUUUACUCAUGUAAAAUGGUGCUUAAUGACAAGUUCCGGAAAAGUGUCCGAGUCGCCGGUCGUGUGCUUCGGUGUGGAUGAAUAUUGCAUCGUAAUUUAGUCCAAAAAUAUUGGGGGAUUUGGCUCGAGGGGGCAGAAGUAAAAAAAAAAAGAAAUGGCGAAAUGUUCCGAAUCGAAUGAUACGAGAUAUCCGAGUCGUUAAUUUUUUAUUGUGAUCGUUUUGUUUAUACGAUUGAUUCCAUUGAAGCAUGUUGAAAUACGACGAUAAAUGUUGGUCGUGGUACCGUAACUUACAUCUAGAUAGUCAAUCGUACUGCAGAAUGUUUAGGAUUAUUUGGUUCUUAUGGUUGUUAUUUGAUUACCCGAUUUGCGAUUGCUUGAAAGAUGUUACCAUUGAAGUACCAGUGGCUGUUGCACCGGGAGAUACGGUAAAAAUGCGAUGCCUUUAUGAUUUAGAAAAUGAAUCAUUAUACACAGUCAAAUGGUACAAAGGAAGGCAAGAAUUUUAUCGAUAUGUGCCCAAAGAAUUACCACACACUAGGGUUUUUCCUCUACCUGGUGUUAAUGUUGAUGUUAGUUUAUCGGGAUCAAAUGAAGUAGUUUUAAGAGAUGUACAAAAAGAUCUAGCUGGUAAAUACAGAUGCGAGGUAUCAGCCGAUGCGCCGUCCUUUCAUACGCAGGUGGUGUCUUCGCAUAUGAACGUUGUUUAUGCUCCAGAUGGCGUACCAAAUUUAAUGCUGGAAAAGAGUCAAUAUUCUAUCGGAGAUACCUUAAAAGGAAACUGUACCUCGCCUCCUUCCGUACCAUCGGCCAAUAUCACUUGGUACAUAAAUGGUAAACAGAUGAAUACAACUUUUGUGAAUCGCACCAAACUAACGCAAAAAGAAUUAGAUCUCAAUGUGACCGACUCGUUUCCAGAAUUAUGGGUCACCAAAGCUGGCCUACAAUUUGAAGUGAAUACCUUUCAAGUGCGCCAGCUACGGAUACUGUGUAUAGCAGAUCUGUUCCAAGUGUUUUCGUCCAGGACGGAAGUGAUUCUGUCUGAAGAAAAGCCCAAGUUGGCGUCCAUAUUGUAUACUAGAGGAGCGGCUUCAUAUGGUCGAUUCAUGCUGAGCCAGCACCAUUUACUAAACGUCUUACUGAUCAGUUUCAUUUGCUGUUUGGUGGGUCUUUGCAGUUAAUACGAUCUACAUCCUGUAUAAAGACUACUAAUUUUUUUUAAAAAGAUAAAUUUUUGUUACCUAUGUAAAUUCAUACCUUUUACAAUGUGAACCUCUGAACUCAUCUCACUCUUCAUUACCUCAACUACUCGUAUUUGAAUGUAGUGGAAGAUAAUGAAGAGUACGACGAGUAGAUAAUUAGCUAAUUUAUCGAAAAUUUCCCCCUUUCCUAUUUUUUAUUUGUUUUCGUUUCGUUUUUUUUUAUUAUUAUUAUUAUUUCAAUUCGAAUAAUAUUUGUGUUUUUAUUCCCCGUGUUUUUUUUGUUAUUGUUGUUAAAUCGUGUACCUAACUUGAAAAAAAAACCUAUUAUGUUUUGUAAAUAUUGUCAUUUUGUAAAUACGGUACCUACGUAUAAAUUUAUGACUUUGUUUACACUCGUGAUUUCUCAGCGAUUUAUGUAUCUGUGCAAAUGUUUCGUUGUAUGUGUGUGAGUGUCUGCGUGUAAUUUUGUUCCUGUUUUCAUUGCGGUACUACGUAAUAUGUACCUACGAUGUAAUAAAUGUAUGACGCCCCCUGUGGAUUUUUUUCCUACAUUGCUUUUUGUGCAGCGCGCUACUAAACGAUUUAAGCAACAAGAGUAUAUAAUUUUAAUGUGUAUUUUUAAAACGUGAAAAUCAAUUAUGAAUUCGGACGAAAUACUAUAGUGUUGUAUGUUAUGUAGUUUUAUGUUGGAAAAUUUGUAUCUAUUUAUAUAAUAAAUUUUAAUCUGUCAUGUGUUGAA